CCCAAAAGCCUCCUUCACCCGCCAUGGCUCUCCCCCUGUCAUCCUCCAUCUUCCCCUCUUCGUCAACUCCAUCCCUCCCUUUUACAAAAACACCCUCGAAACUUUUUCCCUUUACAUUCUCCCCCCAAAACAUUAAUUUUCUUACACGCCGCGCUCUCCCCUCUCUAAAGGCCACGCUCGCCGUUGACUCCCCUCCCGCUGCCAACGCCGGCGGGGGAGGAACGGGGAGAGUGCUGCUGGAGGUGAAGGAUCUGAGGGCUGUGGUCGCGGAGUCGAGGCAGGAGAUCUUGCGUGGUGUUAAUCUCACUAUUAACGAGGGCGAGGUUCAUGCGAUUAUGGGGAAGAAUGGAUCAGGGAAGAGCACGUUCUCAAAGGUUCUUGUUGGGCAUCCAGAUUAUGAAGUAACAGAAGGUACUGUUGUCUUCAAAGGUGAAAACCUGCUUGAACUGAAGCCAGAGGAGAGGUCUCAUGCCGGUCUCUUCAUGAGUUUUCAGACCCCAGUUGAGAUACCGGGUGUGAGCAACAUGGACUUUCUACUUAUGGCAGCCAACGCUAAAAGGAAAAAGCAUGGGCAACCAGAGCUAUCUCCUCUUGAGUUUUUUGGUUACUUAAGUCCCAAACUGCAAGCUGUGAACAUGGAUUCAAAGUUUUUAAACAGAAAUGUAAAUGAAGGGUUCAGUGGUGGUGAAAAGAAGCGUAAUGAGAUUUUGCAACUUGCGGUUUUGGAGGCAGAAUUGGCUAUUUUAGAUGAAAUUGAUUCUGGUUUAGAUGUUGAUGCACUUCAAGAUGUUGCCAAAGCUGUGAAUAUGCUUUUGACACCUCACAAUUCCAUAUUGAUGAUCACUCAUUACCAGCGGCUGCUGGAUUAUAUCAAGCCGAACUAUGUACAUAUAAUGGAGGAUGGCAACAUUAUAAAGACAGGCGACAGUUCACUAGCAAAACUACUUGAAAAGGAGGGCUACAAAGGCUUUUCUGAACAAUAAAACAGACUUCAGAAAAUGCAUUGAGGGAGCAAGCACAUUCUAGAGGGAAAGCAUCAGCUCCUUGUCAACCAUUAACAGGUUAAAGUAAAGAUUUUUGGAGUUUGCCUGUUUUCUUUCCCUGGCUGCUCGCUGAAUCUGGAUGGUAAUAUGUGGGAGAUUUUCUGUUGUAUAUCCUGUAACAUCACCUCUGAUCUUGUUGCACUUUGCUAGGCAUCAAUUUUUUGCCUAUGCUUUGUUGAUAGAGAGUUAGAUAUGAGCCCACGUCGCAUAGGCUGACCUUAUUUUCUGAAUAUUUCAUCAUACUUCACGAAAUAUUCUCCGAUACUUUGAAGCCAGGUUUAUCUGUGCUUAACAUUAUUAUUAUUAGUGCGAAAGUGAGAUAAUAAAAAGUAGCAGUUGCUACUUCCCGUGCAGUUGCUUUGUGUGUUGGGUUCA